ACUGACGUGACGCGCGGAAGUCCUGAACUCACUUUAAAGUAACAGCACAUUUAACUGUACAAUGGGCAUAGAAUAAAAAUUAAUUUGGAAGAAAGUAGAUAAUCGACGCUUUGGUGGGCUUGUCUUCUGGACAGGUCGCUGCAGCUGUAGUUCCAGAGCUACAGGCAAGGAUGUCUGAGAGGGAGGAAAGGAAGUUUGCAGAGAUUCCACGGGAGUCUUUGAAGCUUAUGGCAGAGAGUGUUGGCAUUGAUCUUUCAGAUGAGGUGUCGUCUAUGUUGGCUGAAGAUGUUUGUUACAGACUGAGAGAAGCUGCUCAGAACAGCUGUCAGUUCAUGAAGCAUGCCAAGCGCAGAAAAUUGACUGUGGAAGAUUUUAACAGAGCACUUCGAUGGAGCAAUGUGGAGGUAGUAUGUGGAUAUGGUGCCCCAGAUACCCUACCAUUCCGUUCUGUUAAAGAUGGAGAGUUGUAUUUUGUGGAGGAUCGAGAAGUAAACUUGGUGGAGCUGGCUUUGGCAACCAACAUUCCAAAAGGCUGUGCAGAGACCGUAGUGCGAGUUCAAGUUGCAUAUCUAGAUGGAAAAGGAAACCUGGAACCUCAGGGAUCAGUCCCAAGUGCUGUUUCCACGUUGACUGAUGACCUAAUGAAAUAUUAUCAGCAUGUCACCCGAGCUGUUUUAGGAGAUGACCCUCAUCUGAUGAAGGUGAAGUCCGUGAGUCAUGAUCUCGACCAGUUGAACAGACUUCUGCAUGUUGUCAAGAGCCUAAUUCAGAACCCUUACUUAUAUCUUGGCUCCUACGUCAAAAGCUUAAUUGCUAGUGUUAUGUAUUGUACUCUAGAGCCAUUGGCUGCCUCCAUCAAUCCACUAAAUGAUCACUGGACUCUGAGGGACUACGCUGCUAUGCUUUUAAGCAACAUUUUUUGGACCCAUGGAGACUUAGUGAGUGGUUUGUAUCACCAGAUCCUGCUGUCUCUACAAAAAGUGUUGGUCGAUCCUGUUCGCCCCUUAUGCUCGCACUAUGGAGCAGUAGUUGGCCUUCAUGCACUUGGCUGGAAGGCUGUGGAAAGAGUUUUAUACCCUCAUCUUUCUACAUACUGGUCAAAUCUGCAGGCAGUGCUGGAUGACUACUCUGUUCACAAUGCACAAGUGAAGGCAGAUGGACACAAGGUGUAUGGAGCCAUUCUGGUGGCAGUGGAAAAGCUUUUGAAGAUGAAGGCACAGUCAGAAUCUUCUUGUGGACCUGGCUGUUCUGCUGUGAAACAUGCCCAUGAGAGUUCUCCACGGCUGAGCCCUCUGCAAGACCCCCAUGCAGAAUUUGGAUUUGGAAUUGCCAGCCAUCUCCUUCAAAUGGGUAGUAGUGGACUGCAACCAGGGUCAGGGAUUUCAACUGAGAGCCCUUCUGUGCCUCUGCCAAAGAUGUACCAGGAGCUGUAUGACUUUUUUGGUGAUAGUCUAGCUAUCCGCUUUGGUACUGGGUCUGGUGGUGAGCCUCGGGACAAAGAAUGUGGGAAUGUCAAGGUGAUGGAAAUAAAAAAGGAACCUCCCUCUUUUGCAGCAGUUGAUCCUGUUAGAAAGAUGCCACAACUGACAGCAAACGCAACUGUAAGUCCUCGAGGUGAAGAGAGCCCUAAGGCAGACCAACCACCAGGAAGACCAGGCUUUCAGCGUUCUGCUAGUUUACAGAGAUCAAAAUCUACCACCCGACAGGGACAUCGCACUGGAUUGAGAGAUGCCUUUCAGAAAUCUCGCUUUGUGCACCGUGUCCCUCAUUUCAACUUUAUUAUUGCUGGGCGCCAGACAGGUCGUAGAUGUAAAGGGCGUUUGUUUCAAACUUGUUUCCCACAGUACCAUGGACCAAGUCAUGCUUCACGCUAUACACAAAAACUACCUAUGAUUGGGAGGAUAAGCAAGCCUGUCAAGAGAUGGACAUGCUCCGAAUAUUCGUUGUACCUUCCUUUAUAAAAUAAUAAAUAAAAUGGACUUAGACCUAGUUUAA